AUGUCGAUGCCACCUCCCGCAGUCCCCCUGCCCCUGCCGUCUGCUCCUGCAGGGGAUGAAGGCCCGCCUCCGCCUCAGACAAUAGAGGUGCCUAUUGCUGAGGCUCGCACUCUAUUCAACUCGUUUUCCAGCUUCCUCACCGUCUCCAUUCAUACCAUCCUCUACUACCGCAGCAUAUAUCCCAAGCAAACAUUUCUCUCGGCCAAGGCAUUCAACCUCCCCGUGCAUCAAUCUCGCCAUCCGAAAGUAUGCUCAUGGAUCAAUGAUGCCGUAGAUGCAGUCAUGGCCCAGGCUGCUAAGGGGAGGGUCGAGCGAGUGGCUGUGGUUAUUCACGCUCCCGUCCACUCAGCCACAUCCAAGGCCCCACCAAUGCAGCAACCAGCCCCAGCGGGUGUUCUCGAGAGAUGGAUGUUUGAUGUUUCCCACUUCCCAGCUUGGCCCGGCGGGAUAGAAGCAAUGAAAAACUUCCGUGGGGAGGAGGGAGGAGGCGACCAGUUACAGGAGGAUGACGAGUUUGGAGAAGAGGAUGUUGGCAGUGGUGAUGACAUUGCAGAAGAUGCGGCUCUUGACACGGUUGCUGCCGACGGCGACCAGGCCGACACGGUCAACUGGACCGACGUCGACGAACAAUUGCGCGGUACCGUACGCCGCCUUGCCUACGCCGGCGAGACCAUGGAGGCCUUGCCGGUUGGUUGUACUUUCACCGUUGCGGUUGAGCUACGAGAAGAAGCUAGAGCUCCAAUCGGCCACCCUCAGCCAUGGAUACCGUCCCAACCAGGUCUUCAGCCGGCCUCGAGGAAGCGCACCCGGAAUGGUGUAGAUGUUGGCGGAACGAAGACGACGCCUGUUCGCACAGUAGAGGCCGGACCGCUGUUCUUUGAGUGCUGGAUUGAAGAAGGCCGGGCUAAAGCUACGCUCCAAAGCUCGCAGGGACAAUCAUCAGGUUCGUCGUGA